AUGGUUAUCACUGGGCAUUGGAUUGAUUCUUGUUGGAAUUUACAAAAGAGAGUUUUAAGUUUCAUUAACAUUCCACCACCAAGGGGAGGUCUUCAAAUUUCCGAUGCCAUUUUCAAGUGUAUGAAAGAGUGGGGCAUUGAAAACAAGGUUUUCACUAUUACAGUUGAUAAUGCUUCAAGUAACGAUUUGGCUAUUCAAUAUAUGAAAGAUACCAUUCAAAGGUCAAGAACAUUGGCAUGUGAAGGAAAUUUAUUUCAUGUUUGCUGUUGUGCACAUAUCUUGAACUUGUGCGUUCAAGACGGAUUGAGGGAGAUUGAAGAGUCUGUGCAACAAUUACAGUUGAAGGAUAAAAAAUUGAUUCGUGAUUGCAAAACCAGGUGGAACUCGACUUUUGAGAUGUUAAGUUGUGCACUCAAGUUCAAAGAAGCUUUUAAGAUGUUCAAAGAACGUGAUCCCUUUUAUGGUUGCUGCCCUCAAGAAGAAGAAUGGGAUAAAGCUCAAAAGAUUUGCUCACUGUUGGAGGCUUUUUGGACAGCCACACACAUUAUUUCAGCUGCUGUGUUAGAUCCAACCAAAAAAAUGCUUGCAGUUGAAUUUUGUUUUCCUAAGCUUUAUUCUGAAUUGGAUGCCUCUAAGUAUAUCUCAAAAGUUAAGGAGAUAAUUAAUUCUCUUUAUGAGGAGUAUGUUGUUGAAGAAACUAAUAAAGGAGCGCCUCAUUUACCUGAGUCUGAGAGUUUUGGUUCUUCAAGUGCUAGAAGAAGUCAACAAAAUUCUGUGUAUAAUUGGGAUGAUUUUGAUGAAUAUUGUGCAAAAGUUGAAACUUCAGAGACUAAGAGAUCUGAAUUGGUAGAUCAUCUUGAAAAGGGUCGUCUAAAGAAGAAUGAGAUUCCUAAAAUUUUUUCAUGUUUAGAAUGGUGGAGGAUGAAUAGAAUGCAGUAUCCAAUAUUGUCAAAGAUAGCAGCUGAUAUUUUAGCUAUUCCAGUGAGUUCAAUGGCUUCAAAAGCAACAUUUAGUGCAGGGACAAGAGUUAUUGAUUCUUAUCGUUCAUCUCUCUCUCCAGACACGGUGCAGACUCUAUUGUGUGGGGGUGAUUGGCUUCGACAUAUACAUGGACUGAAAAAGAAGACUAAAUAUCUACCUCUUAAAGUAAGUAAGAUUUCAGUUCUUUGUUUAUCAUUGAUACGGCGCGCAAUAGGGAGUGGGGGCCCAUGA